AAUGAAAGUGAAAGUUGUGUUUGAAGCUUGCAAGCACUCGAUGCAGAUGUCAGAUAAACGAGGGAUCCACCGACAAGAGAAGUCGCCUUCUAGAGGAGCGUGUGCGAUAAAUCAGCAUGGCCUCAAAUGGUGUCCUUCUUUUGCUCACUUUCAUCCAUAUCAGCAUUGGACAUGCAGGUUUUAUAAAUGUGGAAGUCCGUGCUGAAAAUGUGGGAAAAUAUGGCCAGCAGUCAUUGCUGGAGUGUGUUUACAAACCCUCAGAGGAAGCAGAGGAUGGACAACUCAUCUGGGUCCAUUGGAAAAAAGAGGGAGUUGAAGACAUACUGUUUUUUCACAAAGGUGACACUACAGCAGAGUCACGCUAUUCAUUUGCUGAGCCGUCCUGGAAUACCACAAACAGGAACGUCUCCCUGCUCAUUACCGACACCUCUGUAAAGGACGAGGGAGAAUAUACAUGUGAGAUGGAGACAGAACGUGGUCAUGGAACCAAAGAAACCCGCCUUAGAGUCACAGCCAAGUACAACAAACCAGCUAUAAAAUUCGACCCUCAGACAAGUACCCUGAUCUGUGAGUCCGACAGUGGCUAUCCAGAAGGUCAACUUCGCUGGUUUGACGAGUUUGGCACAGAGUGGACCAAAAGCGCUCAAAUGGAGGCGACUGUAGUGGGAAGUGGUCUGUUUAACCUCUCCAGUAAGCUGACUUUGAAGGACGGAUCUACUUUCUCCAGCUACACUUGCAAAGUGUUUAAUGUCAGUGGAGGAAAAGAGGACGAGGCCACAUAUACAGUACCAGAGCCAGAAAACGAAGGACGUGCCCAGGAGAAAGAGGUGGAUCACACCACCAAAGUAGUCGCUCCUCUGGUGGUCAUCGGAUCCCUGAUCGUAGGGUUGCUGCUGCUGAUGCUGCUGCUUUACAAAAGGCGAUCUCAACUGGGCCGGAGGUUCUCUACACGACCCCUUAUUAUGGGUGGCCAUCAGCCAGUCGACACAUCUGACUCACCUGUUGAGCAAGGAGAGGAUCAAUCAUGCCCAGACAGUCCGGCCUGAGAAGACAGUAUCUGUCACAUGGCAUGUGGAAAUGUACUAGCAACCUUUGAAAUCAACACUUCCUUGUUUGCUAAUCUCACUGUUUUCCUUACUGCAAACAACUAUAACCAGGAUUAACUUGUACUACUGUGAUGUUCUCAGAGGGUUUGUUUGAGCUUGAUUUACCUUAGCUAAAUAGGUGAACACUCUAAAAUCAAGUCUAAAUCUAAACAAGAUCUGGAUAUAUUUUUGAAUCAGUGACGGACAACUAAAAGGCAUGGGGUCAUGUAAGGCCCUGUGACCUGUAAAACCCCAUGAGGAUCUGAGGAUGUGUAAAAUCACCAGAAAAUAAUAACUAAUGAGGACUAAGUCUCUGAUGGAGUUUGGUUAUUGGAGGGACAUUUUUCUAAAUUGUGCCCACGCAACGAAUGUAGCUUUUGGCAGCUUUGGCCCUUGUUCUCACUGUCAUUUGUCAAAUGAUGUCAACGUUACAAAGAAAAACGUUGAAUCAUAUUUUUUAGGAAGUGUGUGUGUGUGUGUGUGUGUGUGUGUGUGUGUGUGUGUGUGUGUGUGUGUGUGUGUGUGUGUGUGUGUGUGUGUGUGGUAACAUAACAUGUGUUAAGGACAAGAGUGUGUUACAAAAUAUACUGUGUGUUUCAGACGGUAAAAAUAGGAACCAUUCAAAAGCAGAAAUGUGCCAGAUGAUGCAGUUGUCGCGACCCUCGACUUAACUUUAAAUCCGAUGUUACCCCUCGCUGCUGCAGAACAUUCAGGCCCAGCUAAUUUCAUAUCCUUAUUCUAACCAGGAACAAAGAUCACUAGAAAAAUAUUGGUGGCGCUUCCCCAUGUCACAUGAUGUCCACUUAUUUACUCUAUACAAAAGUGGGGUGUGUUUAUAAACCAAAAAUGUGUUCCUCUUUAUAGUCGGUCAUGAGGAUGUUGUGUAACUUUUGGCAGCAAUGUGGACGUUUUUUCACAAUGGACACUUAUCUUAAUCCUCUCAGGCCUGUUUUUGGUUUCAUUCUUCAAUCUGAUACUGGCUUUCUUUGAUGCAACAAUAUUUUCAGGGAACGUGGUUUUUGUUCUGAGCCCUGCUCCGCAAUGGAGCAGCUUACUAUUGUACGUAAAAGCUUUGUUCUAAUUGUAGAUAUCGGCGUUAAUCAUUUCGUAUUUGAUAGGAAAAAAGCAACGCCGUUAUAAAAGUUUGAAGGUUUUUAAUUUGAAAGUCUAACAUGAACAAUUCAACUUAAAAAUGUAACGCUUUUUUGAGCACUGUGUGAAUACUGUUUUGAUCAAUCUGUGAAUAUUGUAAUUCUGUGUGUCUGUGUGUUGAUUAGUUUUUCCACAACUUCAUACAUCAUGCCACAUUAAGGCACUGUCACUACUUCAUUCAGUCAAAACAAUGAUAGGACUAACCUUUAACUGCUGUUAUGAUUUUUUUACAUGCAAUAAAAAGAAAGUCAAAUUUGAAAAAGA